AUGAAGAGCUUCAUGCUCACUACGGCUUUAAUCUCGGCUGCGCUCCUUGAAGUUGGAGCAACAACCACCGCGCCCUCAACGACCGGCGCAUCAACCAGCCUUGCCGCAAAGGGCUUGACAACAGUCCACGAAACUGCAGAGCCCUGCGAGGAGUCUUGUGUCAAUUGGGGUUGA